AUGGUAGGCCCUUCUCCUCAUAGACCACGGCGGAAGGCCAAGAAGACGACGACCGGCAACGGCAGCGAGGUAUCUUCAGUCGCGCCGUCUGCAAGCUCGCGAUCUUCUUCUUCUUCCUCCUCGGCCAAACCGGCAUACCCAUUGGCAGCUUUCCUCUGGCCAGCGCGGAGCUCAGUAUCAAAAUGGGAGAUCUUGCCCUUGAUCUUGAUGGCAGUAGGCCUUUUCAGGUGGGCAGCAGGGCUUUGGGGCUAUUCAGGAUUCCAAAACCCCCCCAUGCACGGCGACUACGAAGCUCAAAGACACUGGAUGGAGAUAACUACCAAAUUGCCCAUAUCACAAUGGUACUUCCACGACCUCGAAUGGUGGGGACUCGACUACCCGCCUUUGACCGCAUACCAUAGCUGGCUUCUGGGCACAAUUGGAGGACUGAUUGAUCCAUCGUGGUUCGCCCUGCAUACCUCCCGCGGUCUCGAGGAUCCUACGUUGAAGGUCUUUAUGCGGGCAACUGUCAUCGUAUCCGAAUACCUUAUCUACGUACCGGCUGCGGUAAUACUCGUGAGGAGGCUUAGCAAGCACCACGGUGUCAAUACAUGGAACGCUGCCGUUGCGCUAACUGCAAUUCUGAUGCAGCCGGGAACUAUCUUGAUAGAUCACGUACAUUUUCAAUACAAUACGGUCAUGUUGGGUCUGGUACUUGCCAGUAUGUCAAGCGUCCUAGCGGGAAGGUUCAUGUGGAGCUGUGUCUUCUUCGUGUUGGCACUAGGGUUCAAACAGAUGGCAUUGUACUACGCACCAGCUAUGUUUGCAUACCUUCUUGGUGUUUGCUUCUUCCCUCGCAUCAAUGUUCCUCGUUUUCUCGGCAUAGCAGCUGUCACAUUGGCUACAUUCGCAAUUUUGCUCUUACCUAUAUUCUUGGGAGCAUUAUACGAUGCCCAUCGAGGUGUCGAUGUUCGACCUGAGCUCUUCGGCCACCCAGCUCCCUUGCCCAUAUUCUCUGAACACUCGUUCAAGAUCAACUACAGUGCUUGGUACUUUCCUAUCAUUCAACAAGCGGCUCAAAUCGUCCAUCGUGUUUUUCCUUUUGCACGUGGUCUCUUCGAAGACAAGGUCGCUAAUUUCUGGUGUGCUCUGAAUGUCAUCAUCAAGCUUCGAAACUAUCCCUCUGAACUUCUUCAACAAGCUUCCUUACUUCUUACACUUGCUGCCAUUACACCUGGCUGCUUUGUCAUUUUCAUCAGGCCCAGAAAAGAAAAUCUACCUUUGGCACUAGCCACCACCGCCUGGGGUUUCUUCCUUUUCAGUUUCCAGGUCCACGAGAAGAGUGUUCUGCUGCCAUUGAUGCCGAUGACCGCAGUCCUAGCAGGCAAUCACGGUCUCAGCAAGAAUGUACGCGCAUGGGUUGGCUUCGCAAAUCUCCUGGCUGUAUGGACAAUGUUCCCCCUUCUUCAGCGUGUCGAUUUGCGCAUCCCGUACUUCGUCCUUUCCCUUCUUUGGGCAUAUCUCCUGGGCCUUCCACCGACUUCGUUUUCUGUAUAUCAUCAAGAUGGAAAUCCUUCUUGGUCUGGAUUUGCGACAACAACCCUGCAUUUGAUUUUCUACAUUAUCAUGGGUAUCUGGCAUUUAGCCGAAGCGUUCCUGUUGCCACCCCAUGAAAAACCAGAUCUUUGGGUCGUGAUAAACGUUGGUGUUGGAACAAUAGGAUUUGGGAUAUGUUACCUUUGGUGUCUAUGGAACCUGGUUGUCGGAAGUGGUCUUGUUGAAUCUUCGAAAUCGGAAAAGCGAAAAGCCAAGACUCAGUAA